AGGAGACGAAGACCAGGGUGAGGAUGGAAUUUCUUGAACCACCGAGCGUGACUCGCGGGGAUCGGUUUACUUAAACGUCAUGACACAAUUAUCACGCGAUGUUCUAUUAAUAUUGCGGCCAGAAUGAUUAAUCACAGCGUCGUAACAACAGACGCCUCCCUCCCUCCCUCCACUUUCCUUGUAGCAGCCAACACCUCCGAAAAACCCAACAACCGAGUCCCGUGAACAACAGUUGUUAAGAGUUUGACAUUCGUCUAAUUUACCGUCGUCUGGACCAAUCAAAGCCAUUCAGCAGCUGUUAUUGUAGGUUAACGCUGCAAAAUAAGGAAGGAAUCGCAUCCAACAAUUACACCCGUUAUCCUCACACGUGCAAGCUGAAUGGGAAACAUCACGCCACGGCUAAGACUGGAGCAUUAGCCCCUUACGUCAUCAGAUGGGGUGACGAAUGAGUAGGUCGGCGAGCGUUGGCAGUAGGACAGUCGCCAGCCGGCAGAGAAGUCGAACUGCAGGGUAGAACAGCGGUACGUGCCACACAGCUUUUCCGUGUUAUAGCUACACAUCACUGCCGCCGAUGCCAUGGCUCCAAACUCGAGUUCUGUCACCGAAGACAGAGGUGCAGGAGACACAGCGCAUGCGCCACAGAACGAAAGGAGGGGCGCAGGCGCAGAACCAUACCCGAACUACAGAACGGAAGUCGUGUGGCCCAAUGUUGUUGUGCACGCUUAUCUCAACUUGGCUGCCCUCUACGGAGCGUACCUGAUGUUCACUUCGGCUAGGUUACCCACAGCUAUAUGGGCCUUCAUCUUGUACGAGGCAGGGAUCCUCGGCAUCACGGCUGGGGCGCACCGCCUCUGGUCUCAUCGUGCCUACAAAGCAACAUGGCCGCUGAGGGUCUUCCUCGUGCUCUUGCAAACUCUGGCUUUCCAGACUUCAGCGCACGAAUGGGUUCGCAAUCACAGGGUGCACCACAAGUUUAGUGACACAGAUGCCGAUCCUCAUAACGUGAAUCGCGGUUUCUUCUUCACCCACUACGGCUGGAUGUUGACAAAAAAACAUCCGGCUGUUAAGGAAAAUGGCAAGAAGGUUGAUUCUUCAGACCUGGAUGCAGACCCCUUGCUUAUCUUCCAAAAGAGAUACUACAUGAUUAUCAUGCCUAUUCUGUGCUUCGUGAUACCAACCGCAGUCCCUGUGUUUGUGUGGAACGAAACUUGGUCAAAUGCUUACCACAUCGCUGCUGUAAUGCGACAAGUCAUCACACUUCACAUGACUCUCAUCACUAACAGCGUCACACAUUGGCCGGAUACGUGGCGAAAAAGACCGUAUGACAAGAGGAUCUGUCCGUCAGAGAACUUCUUCGUCUCCUUACUGACGCUUGGCGAGGGCUGGCACAAUUUUCACCACGUGUUUCCCUGGGAUUACAAAACGUCUGAAAUCGGGUACAACCGCAUCAACCCGACCACUCACUUCAUUGACUUCUGCGCGCGCAUCGGGUUGGCCUACGACCUGAAGACAGUGCCGACGUCGAUGGUCAAGAGGCGAGUUCAACGCACGGGCGACGGCACCCACGAACUCUGGGGCUGGGGCGACGCGGACAUGAGCGAGGCGGAGAAGAAGAUGGUCCAGGUCGUCAACGAGAAGGCGACAUAGCGAGGAGCACAUCGCCGUUUGUGAACGAAAGACGGAAACAAACAAUCUGGUGACGGUUUGGUUUUCACGAAUGUUGCUACAGGCACGUCUCUGUCAUAACGCUAGUAGCACCUCUGACCCCACUGUAUCUAAAACUCUGGUGAAGGAGAAAAAUACACUUUCUACUGAAGUGCAACCAUC